AUGAAUACGUUGAUAGAAAAUACUACUAAUAGUGAAUGUCGUCUAUUUAAGGUCUUCAAGCAAAAACAAAUGGACUUGAUGGCACAUUUCGAGCGCGCUCAACAGGCGCUAAAUGUGCAACAUCUCCAGCAAUAUUACCAAGCAUUGCAACAACAAGCGCAACAACAGGCGCAACAACAAGCUGCCGCAGUCGCUGCCAGUAGCGCCCAGACGGCUCCCGAGCGGAUGGAUGAAGGGCUUUGUGAUGCGACUAUAGCGCCGCUUGUGCUGACUUCAUCUGUUGGAAGUCUGUUGGGUUCCAGUCAGUCACCAACAACAUCCCGCGAUGCACCUGCUUCACAGCGUAUUCGAAGCGAACACCGUAAUGCGUCCACGAAUUCAUCAUCGACGACCAUUUCGCAGCAUACGAAGGACCGAUUGAAGAAUAUGAUUGCACAGCGAAAUCGUGAGGGAAGUCAGACGAACCUUGCCGGUACGCCUCCUCAACAGCAUGCUCCGAUGAGUCCUCAGAUAAAUGUGUCAUCACCUCACUUUGAGCCGUAUCGAGUACCAGCGUCAUUACAUAGCGUCCAGGCAGUUAGCUGUCAGCCAUCUGGAGAAUACCAACUGCGAAAAGUGAACAGCGAACCGAACCUAAAAAUGCGGAUCCGAGCAAAACUCCUCAGCAAGGGCUCAAGCCCUGUCCAAAACCAGAACAGUUUCAGUUUUACACAUCCUCAACUGAAACGAAGCGACAGCGAAACGUCCGGUAACGGUGGUUCAACCGGUGGCGGGACUUUGGCUAUGGACGCUCUGUUGUCGAAUGCUGCUGCCAGCGCAUUUCCACCUCAUCUGAUCAUGCCCUCUCCGAGCUUGCCAAAUCUUGCCGCCCCAACUCUUGCGCAGCCUCCUCAACUGCCUAUUGGUGAGCAUUCCGGACUUUGGAUCCAUAUGUGUACAACACCUGCUGUUUGCAUACCACAGUUCUUCUUAGAUAUGGCUUCGUUGAUGGCAGCGGCUCAGUUGACGCCAUUCCUUAGUCUGCCAAGCCUGUUGAAAACCCAGCUGGGUCUCGGUGGUGGUCUGUUAGAGGAAGACAUAUCGGAUCGAAGUAGACUCGCCCCAGGCGUUGCUGCACUUGGUGCACUUUCGCAGCAGGUGCCUGUUGGUGGAUAUCCCUCGCUGCUCAAACAACAACUCAGGGAACUAGUGCUUCGGAGGAAGAGUCUUGUGCGCGAGGAACCCGAAGAUGACGAUCCGCUAAGCACGCAAUCAGUACUCGGCCAAAUGCCAACGUCUCUUGGAUUAGGCGAGCUUCCGAGCGGCAGGGCGACCGGCCUCGCUUAUGACUCCAGCAUGGCCCGACAUGAAUGCGUUUGUGGUGAAAGCAGUUCGCAUGUGGAACAUGGUGGACGUGUGCAGAGCAUCUGGGCCCGACUGCUUGAGCGAGGACUUGUGCAGAGGUGA